CCGUGUUUCGCAGCACAAAUGCCGAACAGCGAGAGACCCCGAGCCCGUCCAAAGCACCGGAAUAGGAGCAGGAUUCGAACUCGGGCCCCCACGCCGGAGGAUCUCCUGGAGAGUCACCUACUCCACAACCUUCUGGGCAGUCACCACCGUCCAGACAUCGAGUCUCAACUGGAAGAUCUUGGGGGCGAGAGUAACUACGAGUUCGACACUCAGGACGAGGAUGGGGAUGAUGGAAAAGUGGAGCUUAUGCAGGGGUUAAGCUUAAAGAUGGAGCAGUCAAAAAACGCGAUAGAGGAUAAUGAAGAAGAGUUUAGUGACAAGUCAGAUUCCGAGAUUCUGGACGAGAAUGUUGAGGAGUUUUUGAAUCCUCCGGCAUUGGAAGAGAUUCCGUCCAUGUCGCCGCAAAUGUAUCCUUAUCCCAUGAACCACCGACCUGGUUUUUUGGGCAAGUGCACACCGCCAAAGGUCAGAGGUCAGGGAUUCGAUCCGCCCUUUCUAUAUCCCGAAUUCAUUGCCAAAAACCAGGAAAGUCGUGUGAAGUACAUUUUCACUUUGGUGGAUAGUUUGGUGCUGCAAAUGGAGCAUUUCCGUAAAUUAAGCGAGCACUCGGACGGCGAAGGAGAAACAAAAACGCAUUACACAGGAACUGUGCCGAAAUCCAGGUCCAAAAAUCGGUUUUUAAUAAAUAAGUUUGGCCAUGACAAUCCUUGUUUCAUGGAGCCAAAAAAACUUUACCAAUCUAAGAAUCAACGUUACGCCAAAAGUAGUGAGCAAUCAUAUGAUCGAUCUCUGGAGAUGAAUCCGGAGUUAGAACUCGAUUUGGACUGCGAGUUCGGAAUGGAGUACAUCGAGAAGUUUCGAGCCAAU